AUGAUGAUUUGUUACUCUCCAAUCACAACAUGUUCUAGGAAUGUUAUACAUAUCAAGAAGCAUCUAGGCACUCGCCUCUACGGCGUUGUGGCACAAGGAUCGUACAAAUUCGGCUGUUGCGGUUUUUUCUCUGGACUUCCGAAAAGAAGUUAUGCCGGUUUUCGUGUAUCGGUCUCUAAUAGACCAUCUAGUUGGCUGGAUAAAGGACUUUGUGGUUCGGUAUUGAUCAAUCGAUCAACCGUUGGUUCUAAAGGAAAGCUUGAAGUUUCUUUCUUGAUCCCCGAUGCGAAAAUGAAAUGCUCUGAGAUCAAAGACAACAUGAGAAAUCUCUAUUGGUAUUCAAGAUUUGCUUAUACUGGUGCGAUUGUUAGCUUGCUUGUUUGUUAUUCUUCGACUUCCCAAUCAGCUUAUGCAGAAGCUUCAAGGGAUAAAGGAGAUAACAACAGCAGCGACAUGUAUAAUGAUAAAUUCCACCAUGGCAAAAGAGUCUACACUGAUUACUCUGUCAUUGGUAUUCCUGGGGAUGGUAGAUGCUUGUUUCGUUCUGUGGCUCACGGGUUUUGCUUACGCUCUGGAAAAUCGGCUCCAAGCGAGAACAGACAGAGACAACUCGCUGAUGAACUACGUACUGAAGUUGCUGAUGAAUUUAUCAAAAGAAGACAGGAAACAGAGUGGUUUGUAGAAGGAGACUUUGACACAUACGUAACCCAAAUCCGAGAGCCUCACGUGUGGGGAGGUGAACCUGAACUAUUCAUGGCUUCACACGUUCUCCAGAUGCCAAUCACGGUGUAUAUGAAAGACGAGAAGGCUGGAGGAUUGAUAAGUAUCGCGGAGUACGGUCAAGAAUACGGUAAAGAAGAUCCGAUCCGAGUCCUAUACCAUGGUUUUGGUCAUUACGAUGCCCUCUUGAUUCACGAGUGUAAAACUUCAAUUCCAAAAUCCAAACUUUAG